GGGACGAGUGAGUCGCUGCCGCUGAGAGUGUACGCACGCCAAGAAGAGUCUGUAUAUCGAUAGUAACCUGUUGAGGUCCACCGGACGCACGUCUCUGCCCGCUUGACAGUUGGGUUCUUGUUCGCCUCUCCAUUUCGCCACUGCAUUGCAUUUUUCAGUUGUCUUAUUUUAUUUUUAUUUAAUUCAGUCACUUUGCUUUGAUUUCCUUGCCACAGUUUGGUGGUCUUCUCACCGACGGAAAAUGAAAUGAUGAUGAACGAAGUUUUCCGGUUUUUUUUUGCCACGGAAGUUCCUUGGAAAUAAAUGCCGAGUUUUGUUUUGAGUUGCAUUUCUUUAAGUGAUGUGUUGAAAUUCGCCCGGUAGUUGUGUUUCAAACUUUCUCUGUGGAUUUGUUUACUGACGGUGCCACGUCGUGUUUUCAAGAUUACGGACAAACAUCACGUCCGACAUGGACCACGAGGCCGCAUUGUUUACAAAAUAUUGACGGGAAACGACGAAGCCAUGAGAUUUCAAAGCCGAUUUCAUGAAUGAAAACACUCAAAUGGAUGAGGUAGAUCACAGCAGUGUAGUACAAUACGUUCGCCACCCUACUUGAAAACCCCGGAAAUUCAGAUGAACUUUUUCAAUUCAUCCUCGUUGUGAUUCUCCACCAGAGAGCAUCACUGGACGCAUCGGGCCACGGGAAGAGAAAGAUCACUGCUAUGGAAUAAAUCGAGAGACAGAGAGAGUCGCGCCGUCAAGGGAGACAAUGAUGCCUGGACCUUCUGGGGUUUCCACCUCCUUUGUGGUCAUCCUGCUCGUCCUUUUAUCGUUGAGCCUUCUGGUGUCCUGCGGGGGGAAGGAGGAGGAGGAGGAGGAGGAGUUGGUGGCAGCGGCAGCAGCAGCAUCUCCCGCAGGAAGCCGGGCUAAGAAGGAAGUCGCGAGGGCGCACAACAAUGGUCCCAGUUCAUCCUAUAGACUCUUCAUCAAACCCAUGAGGGCGCCGGUGCCCCAACUGACAUCGAGGACCAAAGCCACUGAGGCUUCGUCGUCGGACCUGUUCGAGGAGCCAGACCGCCAUGCCCCCCAUCAACAGCAGCGUCCAGUCAUUUCCUUGAAUCCCAUGCCCAAGUGGGCUGCCCCCGCUUCCCCUCCCCCUACGUACCCGCAGAUACCCUCCAGCGAAGCCCCUGCGAGAUAUUAUCUCAAGUACGUCAACUCGGGCGCGCAAGAGCGCUCGCCCAUCCAAGACAGAUGGCGUCAGCAUCAGCAGCAAUACCGCCAUACCAAAGUAGCGCAACACACGAGCAGAGAAAUUCGGAAGGACCUACCGCGGUUUUCUCAUUCCAAAAAGAACUACGAAUUGAGUCAUGACCGCAGUACCAGUAACGUUAGUUUUAGCAUUAACAAAAGCAAAAUCAACGAGGGUGAUAUCAGCAAUAAUGCAUUUAGACAGGCUGUAGGUGAACGUAUGAGUGACCCAGUAACCCGUGGUAGUUCGGUGGGACCAAAAGACGCCUAUGAUUUUCACGAAUUAGACAAUCCCGGUCAAAAUAGGUUAGGGCUAGGGUACGACAGACACAGUCCUCCAUUUUCGAACAGAAGCCUCCAGUGGAAUGGAAGGCGGUCGACUGGGUAUUCCAGGGAGGACGAAGAGGUCUUAGAGGGGGUGUCCUUAGACGACCCGGAUGGCCUCCUUCCUGACCCAACCAGCUCGUCAGUCACAGCUUUAGAGAAACGCGUCCAACACGCGAACAUUCGCCACCGAAAGUCUCGAAGGAACUUCGUCAGGACGAGGAAGUCCCCGAAGAUGCGACCUCGAUCUCAGGUGGAUGACCGGGAGAUCGCCUCCACCUCCUCAGACGCGUCUCACCGCCUGGACCUUGACGUGAAGUGGGAAUCAUCAGAGCCCGAGGCAGUGGGCAAGGAAGAAGACUCUGAUGCCCGCGUCUUGGCUGAUGCCAUUCGAAGCACAGCUACUUCCCUCCCCUGGUCCUCCUCCGGGGCACCGAACUUGGAAAACAAGUUUCGUGCGACUGGUGACCUUGUGCCAACGGACGACAUUAACAUCGACGACGACUUUUCAAUUAUUCACACAGAGGAAGGCGGAAGGUCAGACGAUGUCGACGUCGUCACUAAAUUUUUGAGAAUCGUAGAGUCCCAACACCUGUUGGGGGAGAACUGCACCAAGGGCACCGACUUCAACCUGGGCGAGGGCGUUGUGGACAGCUACGCCCAAGAACGUUUCCGGCUGGAGGGCGAGAUUGCCGUCAACAGAGCUAAUCUGUACACCCGCCUGUGGAAGUAUUCCUCCGAGCAGGUCCUGGCAUCGGAGUACCUAUUGCAUGCCGAGGUCCUGACUAUGGUCGAGCUCGACGAGGACAUCUUCGCUGCUGGAAAUUGUUACGAUAAGUUCGAGUACGAAGACUACCUGCUUUACUGUCCGUUCGCGUACCGCCUUCCCGAGGGGAACAUACUGGUGAAGGACCUGGCAGUGGAGUACAAAUACCUUUCUAACACGUCGGAGUGGUUUUACAUCGCCAGGAAAAACGCCGAAAGAGCCAUCAAGAACUUUACCCACGUGACAAAAGACAGCCGAAGGAUGCUGAUAGGUUACCACACCUACACCUGGAACGAUACGGCCCACACGGAGCGCGUAGAGGAGGAGAUCCUGUCCGUAACGUACGAGGACGGACGCUGGAGCAAGCCUUAUUUCGACUGUGGCGGGGGUAACAUCUGGAUGAUGACGUACACCGUCCCUUUCUUCGGAUUUAGCAACGACACUUACUAUUUCAAAGGCACUAGUGGCAUCGACAUUGACCUUCGGCGGGUUGAUAUUGACCAGUGUCCCUCUCCGGACGGGUCCACGACGCGCAACAUUUUCGCCGACUCCGACAAAUGCAAAAACAGAACGACCAGGUGCAUAACGAUACCGGGCCUAGGCUUUCGGAGAGGCAGCUACAAAUGCGAGUGCCGGGAUGGGUUCUACUUUCCCGACAUAUCGGCCGACAAGAAGUACUUCAACGGCUCUCUGAUCGAGGAGGAAUACGAGAAGAAACUCAUGGGGGAAUUCUCGCAGUACGACAUCGAGGGCGAGUUCGAGUGCCGGCCCUGCGCCCCUGGGUGCGAGACCUGCAUCGACAGCAGCCCUUGCGUCGUCUCCCUCAACUGGGUCAUGAGGACGGGCAUCCUCAUCUUGGCCAUCAUCAUCAUCUUCAGCCUCCCGGUGAUCGUCCUCUUCACCUGGAAAUACGGAAAUGUCAAGGUUGUUCGAGCUGCCAGUCCUGCCCUCCUUCGCAUCAUCAUCCUGGGAGCGUUCUUCAUAUACUGCACGACGCUGGUGCUGUACCCGAUCCCCACCAUCAUCACCUGUACCUUACGUGUAUGGCUGAGAGAAGUAGGCUUCUCGCUCUCAUAUGGUGCCCUUAUGCUCAAGACGUGGAGGAUAUCCGUCAUCUUCAGGGUGAGGUCGGCGAAGGCGGUGAAGAUCACAGACUUGGACCUCAUGAAAAGACUGGGGAUCAUCGUGGGCGUCUUUGCCGUGUUUUUGGGAAUCCGCACCGUCGUUGCUCCUCCUCAGGUGAUCGUGUCCAUGACAGCAGACGACCUAAAAGCGUUUCUGUGUUCGACGGAUUGGUGGGACCACGCCUUCACAGCCAUGGAGAUGAUGUUCCUUGUGUGGGGGAUCAGGCUGUGCAUCAUGGUGAGGAAGGCCCCCUCGGAAUUCAACGAAUCCAAAUUCAUCUCCAUGGCCAUCUACAACGAGUUCUUGCUCUCCCUCUUCCUCAACGUGUCCAUGCUGUUCCUGCAGUCACCUGCGAAUCCGGACCUUUUGUUCAUCAUCUUCUUCUGCCACACCCAGUUAACCAUCACCCUCCUCAUCGCUAUCAUCUUCGGGAGUAAGGCCUAUUUGGUGUUCAAGGGUCAAGGGAAAGGAGAGGACAGCAUGUCCAUGACGAAACCAAUGGCUGCCAAGUUCCUCCAGAGGCCGAACGCCACCAACAGCCACAACAUGAUCACCUCGACGUCCUCUUCGGGUCAGGUCGAGGGCGACGUCCAGGAGGAGUUCCGUCGCCUGUACAUGCAGCUGGAGAUCCUGAAGGACAGAAACCUCCGCAUUGGCAACAAGGUGCUCUUUGCUAAGAUCGUCGCCAUGCAAGAGGCCGCCAACAACGCGGCGCGGGUGGCGGCCCCUCCCCCUGCGACGACCGUCGUGAUUACGGAGAAGAAGAACAACAACAACAGCGCGGAGAUCAGCAACAACUCCGACAAGCAAAACAGGAAGCCCAGCCGACGGGAGAGGAAGUACAGCGACGGCAUCGUCAUGAAGCCCUACGUCAACAACUAUCUGGCCAACAUGACGGACAAGAUCGUGUGCGCCACCUUUCAGGACGACUUAGGGGCGGCGACCUCUCCCGUCAACUUGGCUCUGUCCCCUUCGGAGGAGACCGCCGCGGCUGACGGGAGCAUCAGCCUGAGGAGUUCUUCGACCAUCGGAGGAGGAGUAGUAGUAGUAGGAGGAGGAGGAGGAGGAGGAGAAGAGGAGGAGGGCCUUCGGGAGGCUCACGCAUAUCAUCCCCUGGCAGCAGGGGACCGGUUCACCUCCGAUCGUCGCCCGGAGAUGAAGACCACCGUAGUAUUCUUCCUUCUUCCGGCGGGUUUCACGACAGGAGAUCCUCCCACGUCAGUUUGAAUUGCGCCGACAAGUACGCCCUGAGCGAGACCUUGUCGUGCCAGUGCCAGAGCGUUUCCCGGGAAAACGUGAACUGCAGCCGUCACGCCAGGAGAAAGUCCGGCCCUGAUUGCAAAAGUAGUGUAAGUGACAGAGAGGUGCGGUCGUCCUCCUUCGGGUUCCGCAGUGCGGAGCGCCUCCUCCUCCUGCGGAAGAGCGUCUCGAGUGACGGUACCGCCGCCGCCGAGAUCUCGGAGCGCGUGUGUCGUAGUUUAGAGAACCUGGACGAUAGUGCCACUCGAUGCGGCGCGGAAAGUGAGGCUAAUGGCGAGGACAGGUCGGUGCGAUCUGCCCAUUCGACACCCAGGAGGACCACCCAGGGGAGGUUCAGAGAGGUGCGUGACCCCGACCGUGCCCGGGCAUUUAUCCUCAACAACCUUUCCGACCGAGCGACGCUGACUGAGGAAGUGACAGUAUGAGACAGGGAGUGAGGCAGGUGGUCUUCGUUCUAGCAAUAGAAGGCAACCUGUGCCGAUAAAAGAUGAAAUCAGAAAAAGCGCAGUGAAAGGAAGUUUGGAAACAGAUAUCUUAUACGAAUGAAACAUAGAGUGAUUUAGUCGCUUCUCGGUCGAAGGCUGACGAUGAUGAAGGCGUCGUUGUACCAAGUGCGGUCUCUUGGAAACGAACCUUUCCAGGAACAGAGAUCCAGACAAAAAAAACUCGAGUUGCCAAUGAGUUGUCGUACGACAACGGAAAUUCCGGAGUUGUGAGAGAUCAGUAUUGUGUCGAUAUUGACUCGUAGGUGAGAGAGAAGCCGCUCGAGGAGUGGAUUCCGUCGAAGGAACUCUCUUGGAGAUUGUCUCAAGUAUUUGUUACCGGUCAGAGUUUGCUGAUUGCAACAGCAAUAAUAUGUAGAAUAAUCCGUAGAGUGUCGUUUGUGGCAAGGGUCGUUCAAAUGCUCAUUCCUUAAUCAUAGGUCAGAGAGACAUCAGGAGAAAGUAGCGAGGCACCCGAGCUUCGUCUGAGUAGAGGCGAUUGUUUGUUUGUCUUCAUAUCGUAGGCGUUUUCUACCUUGAAUUCCCGUUAGUCGUUUACUUCUGGAAAUGCAUCUGCUGAGUUCCAGGUUCGUUAAAAUGGAGGGUUAUCCCAGAAACCAUGUCGAAUAUACGAAGAUAAUCUAUGUUCUUCAUUAUUACUUUGUUACACUCUCAGAUUUCUCCCAAGAAAUUAAAGAUCUUAAGCAAACUGGGUCUGGAAUUAUAUUAUGAAUGAGUAUUAAUUUAAAUUACUGUUGGAAACAUCGUAUGUGCAAAGUGGCAGUUAGUAACCAUGGCAACCAAAAUCUCGGGUCAGUAAAUAUACUUCUUACUGAUCAUUCAUUCUACAGUCAUAGUUGUCUUUAAGUUAAAAACUCUCUCUCUCUCUCUCU